CCUGUAGAGAACUCGACUUUCAAACAUGCUUCUGUGCAACAGUAUUGUCUCAUCUGUUUUCAAAUGGCAUUUCCCUGCAGUCAUUGCUGAGGAAAUGGCUCCGCCACAAAGCAUCCUCUAUCCCCCGGAGAAGAUCUACAUGGAAUGGCAGCAGCGGCAGAGAGCUGGAGCGGGACUCGGCAACCUGGGGAAUACGUGCUUCCUCAACUCUGUCCUGCAGUGCCUGACAUACACACCCCCUCUGGCCAACUACCUGCUCUCUCAGGAGCACAGCCAGUCGUGUCAUCGGAGAGACUUCUGCUUGAUGUGCAGUAUGGAAGCGCACGUUAACGAGGCCCUGCGAUCCUCAGACAGCACCAUCCAGCCUUGGGCUAUCGUCCGUGCUCUCACACGAAUAGGAAAAGAUUUCAUGCUUGGCAAGCAGGGAAGCGCCCGCCAAUGCUUACACCGUACUAUCAACACCAUGCAGAGAAAUUGUCUGAGUCGGAGAAGCAGAUUGGACAUCGCUUCUCGAUCAACUACCAUUGUCCAUCAAAUAUUCAUGGGCUAUCUGAGAUCCAGAGUCGUGUGCCUGAGCUGCAGCGCGGUUUCCACUUCCUACAGAUCCUUCCUGGAUAUUCCUUUGGAUAUAAAAGCCGCAUCAUCUGUCCCUGCAGCUCUGGAGGAUUUUGUGAAGCCUCAGCAGCUGGAUGGUGAAAACUGCAUUCAGUGUAGCAAGUAA